AUGGCCGCUCCUGUCAACUUGAAAGAUCUUACCACCGACAACAUCACGGAAAAUGUCCACGCCAUCAAUUCGCAGUGUGGCAGUCUGCGGUUGAAAUACAUCCUAGAGCGGACGGUCGCACAUCUGCACGAGCUCGCCAGGGAAACGAGACUGACCACAAACGAAUGGAUGGCAGCCAUCCUCUUCCUAACGCAAGUUGGCCAGAUUUCAUCAGACGUCAGACAGGAAUUCAUUCUACUAUCAGACGUUCUGGGACUGUCCCUUCUCGUGGAUUCAAUCGAUCAUCCCAAACCAAAGGGCAGCACCGAGGGCACGGUCCUGGGGCCCUUCCACACAGAAGAGGCCGAACACGCCAGCGCCGGAAGUCUCAUAUCGCAUGACCCCGACGGCGAGCCCCUCCUCGUCCUCUGCACCCUCAAAGACACCGACGGAAACCCCAUCUCGGGUGCCGAAAUCGACGUGUGGGAGACGGACUCGAAGGGCUUCUACGACGUGCAGUACGCAGAGAGGGGCGGGCCGGACGGCAGGGCCGUGCUGACGAGCGAUGACCGGGGAAACUUUUGGUUCAAGGCCAUUGUCCCGGUGCCGUACCCCAUCCCGCACGACGGGCCGGUAGGGAAGCUCCUCAAGGUGCUGAAUCGCCACCCCUACCGGCCGAGUCACAUGCACUUCAUGUUCAAGAAGGGCGGGUACGAUCCUCUCAUCACCGCGCUUUAUCUCAAGGACGACCCGUAUGAAUGUACCGAUGCCGUCUUUGGCGUCAAGGACUCGCUCGUAGUGGAGUUGAAGAAGGUUGAGGAUGAAGAAAUAGCAAAAAAGUACGACGUCAAGCUGGGUUCUGCUCUGAUUACCUAUGACUUUGUCCUGGUCACGGAUAAGGCUGCGGCCGCACUGCGCAGACAAAAGGCGGAAGAAGCCCUGGCUGGUUUGGGGCGUACAUUCAGAUUCAUUGACGACCUUCCUGUUCCUGAUGUAGAUUAG